UUAGCAUUUGUACGAAUUAAAAAGUAAACUAAUUAAUCUAAUUAGUGUGCAUUAAUAUUGGCUAUAUAUUACUCUAUCUUUGUACUAGUGUUUAGUUCAAAGGCGAGGAGGGUAUCAGGCAUGGAGCAGGGACACAAGAGAUGGGGUUUCCAGGGGAACCAAAAGCUAAACGCUUCCUCCAUCGCCAUCCGAGGUGUUCUCAACCAGCUGCUGGCAAAUCGUGACAAGGACGAUCAACGGUCCACAAUCAUUCUCGGCGGUGCUGACCCUACAAUGUAUCCCAGCUAUCGGACCACCCCUUCAGCUGUGGAUGCCAUUACUGAUGCUGUCUGGUCCUUUAAGUUCAAUUGCUACCCUCCCACCGUUGGUGUUGCUCAGGGAAAGAUAGCUGUUGCAGAACAUCUUUCGAAAGAUGUUCCAUACCAAUUAUCAGCAGAUGAUGUGUAUCUCACAGUUGGUUGCACGCAAGCAAUAGAAAUUGUGGUAUCUGUCCUUGCGCGCCCUGGCGCCAACAUUCUGCUGCCCAGACCAGGUUACCCGCAAUAUGAAGCUCGUGCGGGUUGCAGUAACCUUGAAGCUCGCCACUUCGAUCUUCUGCCCGAAAAGGGUUGGGAGGUUGAUCUUGAUUCUGUCGAAGCUCUUGCGGAUGGGAAUACAGUGGCUAUGGUUAUCAUCAAUCCCAGCAAUCCAUGUGGGAAUGUCUUUACAGCCCAACAUUUGAAAAAGAUUGCAGAGACUGCUAGAAAACUUGGGAUUUUUGUGAUUUCAGAUGAAGUUUAUGGCCAUCUAGCUUUUGGGAGUAAUCCGUUUGUGCCCAUGGGAGUGUUCGGAUCGAUUGUACCUGUUGUAACACUUGGGUCGAUAUCAAAGAGAUGGAUUGUUCCUGGAUGGCGACUUGGUUGGAUCGUGACAAGUGACCCCAAUGGCAUCUUUCAACAAUCCGGGUUUGUGGAGAGCCUCAGGAGCUAUCUCGACAUCACCACUGACCCCCCAACCUUCAUCCAGGGGGCACUUACCCAAAUCCUUGAGCAAACUAAGGAGGAUUUCUUUCCAAAAAUUCUAAACCUAAUGAGAGAAGCCGUAGACCUUUUAUAUGAGAAAAUUAAAGAGAUUCCUUGCCUGACUUGUCCACACAAACCAGAAGGGUCCAUGGUUGUAAUGGUGAAGCUAAAUCUAUCACUACUUGAAGGCUUUACUGAUGAUGUGGACUUCUGUAUGAAGUUGGCCAAGGAGGAAUCCGUGGUUGUUCUGCCAGGGAUUGCCGUUGGACUGAAGAAUUGGCUUCGAAUUUCUUUUGCCGUUGAGCAUUCUUUGCUUGACGAUGCCCUUGGAAGGAUAAAAGCCUUCUACUACAGGCAUGCCAAGAAGGAAUAAGGUUCAUUUGUGUGCAGCAAUAAAAUCAUUUUUAAGUGUAGUUUUGCUUAUUUUCAAAAGUUUGGUUAAUGGCUAAUUAAUCAGGCUGUAUUUGCAUUUCCAGUUGCUUGGGUGUGUUUAUUUUAUGCUGUAUUUGCAUUUCCAGUUUCUUGGGUGUAUUUAUUUUAUGCUGUACGUUAUGAUGAUAUGGAAUCAAACAGUUUUAUGUAUGUGGAGACAUUAGUUUAUGCACAUUAUAAUUAUGUUCAAUUAAAUAGUUGAAUGUA